AAAAAAUAACGCCGACUGGUACAUUUCCAGUGGUUCCCAUGUAUAUCGUUCCGGGUCAAGGCGUUUACUAAUGGUGUACAUAUGAACCAAAUGGAAGAACUAAAACUAUUCGUCUCCGAGCGGCUCAAAGCUGCUGCUUCUGAAAUAUUUGGCGCUAUUGAGAAAACAGUAACGGACUACGAGGAGCGGGCUUGCCGUUUGAAGGAAGACAACGACCGCCACCGUUCUCUUCUGGACAUUAUCCUCAAAACCAAGUUACCACAGACAGAAGCAAGCCAGGCAACCAAAAGUACCCCUGCUCCUGCAGGACCAGGUGCAUCAGAUUCAUAUCCUACCCCCAGGGCCAGAGAAACCUCCAGCCAGCCCAAUGACUUGCAGUGUGUCUUCACCUCACGCACUGACUUUUUCAAGUUUGCAUCCGAUGGCAACUGUCCCUACUGCAUCAAGGGAAUUCAGGCCUCAGAGAAACAUUUGAUGAGAAGGCAUUAUCUAUUCGCUGUUCAUUUUACUGAGAGUGGCACUGAAAAAUUUGUUGUACCGUGUAUGUGCAAAGACAGGAUCAAAGGCAGAAGUCACUGGCACUGCCCGUACUGCACAAAGAUCAUAUUUCGGAAAUGUAACUUUGAGGUGCACCUAUCCAAGCAGCAUGGUUAUGCAAUACUGCAGCAAGGCCACGAUCCAGAGAUGGAUCAACCCUCCAUCUCUGUCUUUGAGGAGGAGGUCCCCUUGAGUCCUGAACCCUGGUGUCAGCAAGAGCUCAGCAGUCUGAACCAGGAGCACCAACAGGCCUCACUGCUGCUUCAAGUUAAAGAAGAACAGGAACAAGAAAUGCGGAGACAAGCGAGUCAUCAGGAGGUGCAGUACACAGAUCCUCUACCGAGCAAAGGCGAGCAGAUACAAAAAGGUAACAGUCAAAUAGGAGAACAACAUCUGGAGGCAGAUCAUGGCCAAGACUCUGCACUCAACAUCAUCUGUGUGGACAGUUUUAUCCAAGAUCUCAGUGAAAUCAACAGCGGGGAAAGCAGAAAGAGACAUUCUCUUCCUAAUUCUUCAACCAAGACUCUUGAAACUCAGCCUGAUAACGGGGUUACUGAAAUACGGGAGCCAGCUCGAGAAUCUCUGCACAUCACUGCAGGCGGUGCUGUUGCUGAGAACGGAAGAAGCAGCAAGAUUGAGGAGUGCAAGAAGAACAACGCAGGUUUAAAGGCACUCGAUUCAAACCGGAAAAAAAAAUGUUUUAAAAGAUCUUUACCUUCCGUGAGUUUAAAUAUACAGAAAUCAACAAAGUUAUCUGUCAGUCAGAAUCACACAGGAGCUUAUUGUUGUAAAGCAUGCGGAAAGACUUUCCAUUACAUGUACACACUUCGAGCACAUGCCCAAACACACACGGGGGAUAAAAUCCAUAUUUGUGGAAUUUGUGGAAAACACUUAGAGGACACAAAGAGUUUAGUCCAACACCUACAGAACCACACAAAGAGAAACAAAUGCGGUAUAUGCGGCAAGCAAUUUUCUAAUAAUUCCCGUCUGAAGCGGCAUAGGAGAUUUCACAGACCAAAGGGUCUAAAUGUCGUGUCAUAAGCUUAAAAACCACAGAUGGGCCAAAUCUGACAGACGUCAUAAAAGCAUCAAAACCUGCCAUGAAUAUUGGAAUGUGAUUGACUACAGUAAAUCCACUUGAUGGGAGAUACCAGGGCAGUGGAGAACAAAUGGGACAAAUAACUUGUAUGUUGUUGUUUAUUGUUUGUUAUCAUUGCGUUCAUAUAAUGAAUUGUUUCAGUAUUGUGGCUCAUGAUACAAUUUUGUAGACUUUCAACAGUUUUUUUUAUUUUUUUUAGGUCAGAUUACUUUCUUAAACAGUGAUAAACUGUUUUAUAUGUGCCUUACUAACACCUUAUUUCAAUGUAAAUAAUUGAUUAACUCAGUUUUAGAUUUGAAGUAUUUUCUUUUUGUUACAAACAUAUAAACAGCCUUGACCACUGUUAUAUUUUGUUUCUUCCUCUUCCAAAUAAAAGUGCAAUACUUGAGUAAAUACCAUAA